AUGGAAGAAACAACAAAUAAAAGACUAGAUCAAUUGACUUCAUAUGGAAUGAUUGAUAAUAAAAGAUUAGCUUGUCAAUACAUUGCAAGAGAUACAAACAAAGGUGUAUGGUAUGGAGAUAAUCCCCUCCAUGGAACCACAUCUGUUCUAAUAUUUCAAAUCAUUCUUAUGUUCUCUAUUAGUAGACUAACUCAUUUCUUGUUAAGCCCUUUUCAUCAAACUCUUCUCAUUGCACAAAUUAUGGCAGGUAUCAUAGUUGGUCCAUUAGUCUUAGGUCGACACAAUACAAGUUUUGAGAUGCUAUUUCCAGCAUCAAGCAUAGUGACACUUUCAACAUUUGCAGAAUUUGGAAUGAUAAUUUAUUUCUUUAAGAUGGGAGUGCAAAUAAAUUACAAGCAACUGAGGAGGAUUGAAAAACGUGCAGUAAUAAUUGGAAUAUUUGGCCAUAUAUCUUCUAUAGUAUUUGGCCUAGUAGUUUUAAAUAUUGUUGAAAUGAUUUCACCUUUAGGAUCUGAAAAAAAUGAAGUUCAAGGUUUAGUAUUUUUUGGGUCAUUAACCUCAUUUCCAGUUACAAGUAGCUUCUUAAGUGAAAUGAACAUUCUAAGUUCAGAAAUUGGAAGAAUGGCAUUAUCAACAUCAAUGGUUAGUGAUGCAUGUAUGUGGACGAUUUAUUUAGUCAUACUAACUGGAGAAAAAGCUAUAGAUGACAAAUCAUAUCAAAUUCUUAUACAAAGGACUAUAACAAUAUUUUAUUUUGGAUUCUUAUAUUAUGUGUUAAGGCCAUUGGUUAUAUGGAUCUCUAACCGCGAUCGCAAGGGAAAUUCCAUGACACAAGGCCAUUUUUUGUUGAUAAUUUGUAUAAUUUUGUUCAUUGGAUUCUUCGGACUAAUCGCGGGACAACCAUACUUUAUGACGGCCUUUUGGUUCGGUGUGCUUUUGCCAGAUGGUCCUCCUUUAGGUUCUUUUUUGGCCGAAAAGCUUGAUGUCAUUGGUUCUACUUUGAUCGUACCGGCUUAUUGUACUAUCAGUGGUUUAAGGACAAGUGUUCCUAAUAUUGCAGGAUCAAAAACAGUAUACAUGGAGGUUGUUAUAAUUGCAGUGUUCGUAGGAAAGUUUGUUGGAACCAUAAUACCAUCACUUCAUUUUCAUAUUGACAUUUUGGAUUCUCUUGCUUUGGCUCUAAUCAUGUGUUGCAGAGGUCUAUUGGAUCUUUGUGUGUUCAACAUAUUAUUAUAUAAUAAGGAAAUAGGUGAACUUUCCUUCACUCUGAUGAUCUAUACAAUGGUGGCGAUAACCGGAUUUGCGACUCUCGUUGUUUAUUACAUAUAUGACCCUUCAAGGAGAUACAAAGCCUAUAUAAGAAAAUCGGUUAAAGACUCUGGAAGAGAUUUUGAUUUCAAAGUACUUGUAUGCAUUCACAAUGAAGAAAAUGUUUAUCCAAUGAUUAACCUUCUUGAAGCCACAAAUCCAACAAUCACAUCACCUAUUUCCGUCUUUGUUCUACAUCUCAUGGAAUUAUCCGGCAGAGCAGCUUCAAUUAAUAUAAAAAAUGAGUUUGCUCAUAAAAAAUCAAAUUAUAAAGAUACUUCAACUCAAAAUAUAAGCAAUGUGUUCAAUAAAUUUCUUUUACAUAACAUAGAAUGUAUCACAUUGCAACUUUUUACAGCAAUUGCACCCUAUGCUAGCAUGCAUGAUGAUAUAUGCUACAUGGCAAUGGAUACAAAAUCCAACAUUUUGAUUGUGCCAUUUCACAAACAAUGGUCAAUGAAUGGAACUGUUGAAGUUUCCAAUGCUUCCAUUAGGUUGGUGAACCAAAAAGUACUAAAAAAAGCUCCAUGUUCCAUCGGAGUCUUGAUCGACCGAAGCCAAAUGAGUGGAAAAUUAGUUGUUAUACACAAAAAGUAUUUUUGUAAAAUCGCCAUGAUAUUCCUAGGAGGCGCCGAUGAUCAAGAAGCGUUGGCCUAUGCUAUGCGCAUCGCGGAGCAUCCCAAUGUAAGACUCACCGUGAUUUGGGUGAGAUUUAAAAAGCAACAAAAACAUUCUAGUGUCAAGAGUCCUUACAUUGAUAUGAUGGAACAUAUAAGAUAUACAAGUGACCUUAAAGACAAGGUUUAUUUUAAGGAAGAAGUUGUUGAAGAUGGUGAAGGAACAACACAAGUUAUUCGUAUGAUGGAAAGUAAUUUUAACUUAGUUAUAGUUGGUAGACAUCAUAUACCAAAUUCUCCAUGUACUUUGGGAUUGACAGAAUGGUGUGAACUUCCUGAGCUUGGGCCUGUUGGGAACCUCUUAGCAACAUCAGAUUUUACAUUUUCUGUUUUAAUUGUGCAACAACAACCUUUUCAUAAUGAAUAUUUUUAG